AAUGAACCUCCGCUCGUGUACUAUGAUAUACCGAUUAUUGGCCACUCUUUUGAAUUCUUGAAUAAUAGUGAGGAACUACUCAGAAAAGCACAUCAACAACAUGGAGAUAUUUUCUCGAUAUAUACGUUUGGCAGAAUCGUCACAUUCAUUACCAACAAAUUGAGCUAUGAAAUUUUGAGCACGAAAUCGAUGAAUUUUCUAGUGUAUCUUGAAUCCAGAAUGCCAUUAGCGCGUCUUGUCAAUCUUCAUAAUGAAGACUACGCUACCAUCUUUACUGAGCUAGUUCGUCAAGGAAUUGUCGGGCGGAUGGAAGUUUUUCGUGAUAGAAUUCAGAAAUCUCUUUCUCUUGCUCUCGAUGAGUUAAUUGGUGAUUGUAAAGAACCUAAAUUUAUUUGCAAACCUUUGGACUUAUGUCAAGAAAUUAUCGCGAGAUCAGUCGCAAAUAUUUAUAUGGGAGAGGAAUUAUGCCAUGAUAAAGAGAUAAUAAGAACAUUCAAAAAUUUUGCGGCUGAUGUUUCCAUGUGUUCUCGUACCCCUCCAUUCUUGUC